AUGGCGGGUGUUGUUCCAACCGAAAUGUCCGCCAAUAGUCCAAGACGUACCGCCCAAUUUGCACGCAAUGCUCAAGGUGGAGCAAAUACAGAGAUGAAGACCGGAAUCCUCCAACUUGUUUAUGCAAUUCCAUUCACCGGAAUGGAUCAUGAGGAUCCCUUUGCACAUCUCACCAAGUUUUAUGAGAUUGCGGAAAAAUUUUUAGAACGAUACUUUCCUCAAUCCCGAUUCAUGGAGGCCAAAACGGCAAUUGCGGUUUUCAAUCAAGGAACCAACGAGUCCUUAAAUGAUGCUUGGGAAAGAUUCAAAUCCAUGCUUAGAAAAUGCAAGGGUCAUGGUUUUGAUGAUCUCACACAAAUUCACAUCUUCCGAAAUGGGCUUCAACCGGUGCACAAGACACUUUUGGAUGCUACCGCGGGUGGCUCCCUAAUGUCAAAAAGCGCGGAGGAUGCAAUAAUGAUAAUCGAUCGUAUGGCACUCAAUGAUCUCCAAACUCAACAUGAUAGGAGUCCAUCACAAAGGAAGCCGGGUGUUCUCGAAUUAAACACCAAUGAUGCCAUCCUUGCUCAAAACAAGAUUCUCUCUCAACAAGUUGAGUUACUCACUAAGCAAAUGUCGAAGCUUCCACAACAAAUGAAGGAAAUUCAUGGGAUGCAAAUGACUUCUCACGUAGCAAGUUGUGAACUGUGUCAAGGUUAUCAAAGGCAACCUCCACCUCACAAUAACCCGUACCAAAGAAACAACCAAGGAUUUCAACCCUCAAGAUUCAAUAAUCAACACUAUCAACAUCAAAGUCCUUAUCAAAGCCCAAAUCCUCAAGUCCAAGGUCAACAAUCUCAAGGUGGGAGUUCAAAAUUGGAAGACACUCUUACACAAUUCAUGCAAGCAUCCAUGGCUAACCAAAGGAGCAAUGAAGCGGCCAUAAAGAAUUUAGAAAAUCAAGUGGGUCAACUUGCAAAGCAAUUGUCCGAGCAACAACCGGGAACAUCCUUUUCCGCCAACACCCAAACUAAUCCUAAGGAACAUUGCAAAGCCAUUGUUACAAGAAGUGGGAGAAAGGUGAAUAAUGGUGUGAAUGAAGAGGUUAUAGUGGAAGAUGAUGAGGAGGUAGUAGUUGAAGAGGAAGAAGUGGAAGUGAUAGUUGAAAAUGAGGGAGAAAAAAUUGAGGAAAAGAUAGAGGAAGACUUAGUUGAAAAAGAGAGGAGAGAAGAUGAAGAAAAGGAGAAAAACACUAAAAGUGUGAAGAGAAAUAAAAAGAGAGAUGAACAAAAGAGCGAAAUCCCUUCCCAACACUUACCAUACCCUCAUGCCAAAUCAAGGAAGGAUAAUGCAAGGCAAUACGCUAGGUUUAUGGAUAUUUUCAAACAACUCCAAGUAAAUAUCCCAUUUUCCGAAGCGUUAGAACAAAUGCCAAAAUAUGCAAAGUUCAUGAAGGACAUUCUCACCAAGAAAAAGAGAUAUUCGGAAGAGGAGACUAUUUUACUUGAUGCUCGUUGUAGUGCCAUAAUCCAAAAGACAUUACAAAAAAAAGAAGCCGACCCGGGACGUGUUACCUUGCCGGUUACAAUUGGAGGUCAUUACAUAGGUAACGGUUUGGUAGAUUUAGGCUCAAGUAUUAAUUUAAUUCUGUUAUCUAUCAUCAAGAGAUUGGGAAAAGAGAUGAAGCCGACCCGAAUGACUUUGCAACUAGCCGACAAGUCUCUCACCUCUCCUUAUGGAGUUGCACAAGACAUGCUAGUCAAAGUGGACAAAUUUUUGUUCCCGGUAGACUUUGUGGUAGUUGAUAUGGAAGAAGACUGUGACGUACCAUUGAUACUUGGAAGACCUUUCAUGAAAACAGCCCGGAUGAUGAUCGACAUAGACGAUGGUCUUAUGAAGGUGAGAGUGCAAGAUGAAGAAGUCACUUUCAAUCUCUUUGAAGCAAUGAAGCAUCCCAAGGAUAAACAUGACACAUUUCGAGUCGAUGCCACCGAAGAGGAGAUCGAGGAGGUUGCUAAUCAAGUUCACAUCUCUAGUCCUUUGGAAAGAUCUCUUAUAGGAGCUUACAAUGUCUUAUCCGAGAUUGAAGAGAAAGAAAUGGAAGCAUUCUUGAAUGAGUUGGAAUCUUGUGGGGAGAUAGACCAUAAUGAAGAAAAGGUAGAAGAGUUGCAUGCGGAAAAGAAAGUGGAAGAAUAA